GCAAGCUCCCCCUGAAGAUGAAUACGCCGACUUGCGCUACAACCCAAACUGGAGGAAGAAUCUGGAAGGGGCUCAUUUUCUCAACCAGCUAAAUGCGAGACUUUCUCUCGACUCGUUUCAGGAGUCUGAAGAUAGUCUUGAACCUUUGGAGAAUGUGCCUCUAAGUAGCAAGCAAAAAUAUGUCGUUGUCAGUAAUCCACCCACAGUUCAGAUGGACAAUGUUUUAUCCCCGCCACCUUCGUCUCCUUUCCACCUGCACCCACAACAGGAAGACAUUCUCGAUCCCCCCGAAUCAAAACGUUCUUGCAUGUCCUCUGAAGGCAUACCACUGGAUAAUGGAGAGCAUCUGAAUGUCAGACCAGUUCCUCAUAGGAAGAGAAGCUCACGACAUCCUUCUAAUCCAAGGCCAGUGAGAGCUAGGGAAGACAUUGUGGAACGUAACAAAGCAACUCUUGGUAUCAAUACACAUAACCAGAGGUCUUACCUAAAAGUUCACAAGCAGAAAGAUAAAACAGAAGAAACAAAGCAG